AUGAGCUCCAGGGGCGCCAGCCGGCGGAGUAGUCUGCCGCCGUCUCCGCGCUCCGAGGACAGGCACGCGCGCGGCCACCGGCCCACGCCCGAGUCGCACGGGUCCCCCCCCUCCGAGCGGCCCAACAAGAAGCAGCGCACGGGACAGUCCCACGACGAGAAUGUGGACGAUCAACGGCUGCUGAGGGCGAGCAGGGAGAUUUCCCGGCCGGGGCGGCUGCCCAUGACCGACCACAGGGCACUCGUGUUCCCGGAUAGGCCCUCGCCGCCGUACAGGCCGCCGGAUGAGGACGGGUACUACGUCUGCGAGCUGGGCGACAACUUGUCCUCACGAUACAAGGUGCUUGCGAGGAUCGGAGAAGGGUCCUUUGGGCGUGUGUUGGAAUGCUGGGACCGUGAGACGAAGAAGUAUGUGGCGAUUAAAGUCAUUCGCAACAUAUCAAAGUACCGUGACGCGGCCAUGAUCGAGCUGGAGGUGCUCAACACACUUCAAGCAAACGACCCUGAAGGGAAGAGGCACUGUGUGGGCAUCCGUGAAUGGUUUGAUUACAGAGGACAUGUGUGCAUGGUAUUCGAAAGGCUUGGACCCAGCCUGUACGACUUCCUGCGGCGGAGCGACUACCAUCCAUUUCCCAUUCCUGUGGUGCAGCAAUUUGGUCGUCUGCUGCUGGAAGCCGUUGCCUACAUGCACGAGAUCAAGCUCAUACACACAGAUCUGAAGCCUGAAAACAUACUGCUCGAGCGAGAUGGGGUAGAAAAGGUCGGUAGCACCCCAGCAACUCGAGACCGCUGUUUGCAGGAUCGCAGAGACACAAGGACGCCGUCAAAGGUGCCCUCCAGCAGGCGCUUGUUUGUCAUCGACUUUGGCAGCGCAACAUUUGACGAUCAAUACCAUUCUGCACUGGUCUCAACGCGGCACUACCGUGCCCCGGAGGUUAUCCUUGGCUUAGGGUGGUCGUAUCCCUGCGACAUGUGGAGCCUUGGAUGCAUCCUUGUGGAACUGGCUACUGGUGAUACUCUUUUCCAAACCCACGAUAAUUUGGAGCACUUGGCCAUGAUGGAAAAGGUGCGAUUUCAGUGUGUGUGGGGUUGUUUGAAGCCAGGUAAUUCAUUUCAUGUUGAUUUCCUGUGA